GAAUUUCGCUAUCAGUAUGUUAAAACCACUUCUUAUAAAUAAAGCUUUGCACCCACGCGCUAAAAGAUAUAAAUUUAGCUGAACUCCCAGUGCAUUUCAUGGGCAAUAAAAUAGCAUGGGUCACAUCAGCUGUUUUUACAACAUGGUUCAACGAUUGCUUCGUACCAGAAGUUGAAAAAUAUAUGACAGAAAUGGGUGUUCCUUUUAAAGUGUUGUUAAUUGUUGACAAUGCACCCGGUCAUCCUUGUUUAGAGCAUCCUAAUGUACAAGUAGUGUUUUUACCACCCAAUACGACUAGCCUUAUACAACCAUUGGACCAGGGCAUAAUCGCAACUUUUAAGAAACACUAUAUGAAAAUAACUUUCAGAUCAUGAAAACGGACAAGAAGAACCGGAAUCUAUUACAGCGGAUAAAAUAUAUGCAGGGAUAAAACUUUGCAGCAAAU